GUUACAACAAAAUCGUGAUUCUCAGAUACGAUUUAUUCCCUUUCUCUUUUUCUUCCCUCCUUUCCCUAUCCUUUCUCUAUGGAGGCCUCUAGAUUUUAGCUGGUGCCGCUACUAGCAGAUCAUCGCCGUCCAUCGCCGCCGUCACACCACGUCGUCCACUUUUCAGCAUCUCCCGCCGCCGUCCCAACAGUAGCGUUCAAGGGUCGUCUUCUUUUCAUCAAAGGUUUUGAAACUGGAAUUCUGUACAUUUUUCAAAGUGGGGAUAAUUUAACCUAUAGUUUUGUAUGUGAGCAUUUUGAAAAUUCUGAUUUUCUAAAAAGGCAUUUUAGUUACAGACAAAAAUGGUGUAGGAUUGGCUGUCAGAUGCUUUUAAUCACCGUACUGUCACAGCGCCCUCAACGCCGAAUCCAUGGCUGCCCAUGAAAUAUCCAAGUUGGUGCUCAACCAGCAUCUAAUAAGCUAUUUCUACCCAAGAACCUAACAAAUUUCUCGAAGUAAAAACUAUUUGGAAGGAGGAGAGCCAUGGAGGCGAGAAACGAGAGUGGAGCUUCACAGGACUUGGCUCUCAAUGGCGAUGACCUCUCAAUCCCCUUGGGUGGACCUAUAUAUGCACCCAAUUUGGUUGGUGCUCUCACUAGGGUCCCUCACUUUGAGUCUACCCUUCUUCAGGAACUUCAGAGUCUGGAGGCAGAGUUGCAGUUGGAUUCAUCUCAACUUUGUGAUGAAGAAAUUUCGGUUGAUGGGCUUAAGGUGUUUACUGAAGAACAGCUGUUGAAUAUGGCUUUGGAGGACUCAUCUCAGAGUGGUGAGAAUGCUAAAAACCUGCCAGAACUUCCAGAACAAAAUUUGGCUGCAGGGAUCGUGAGAGCAGAUGGAGAGGAAGUUAACGAGCGUACUUUGGAGGCUAAGGCUGCCCCUGCAUCAAAUGAAAACAGAAGUAGGAAUAACACCGCUGCAAAACGAAGAAAGAGGCACAAUUCUGAUAUUGAAGGAAAUUCUAUUGCCAAGGUGGCUGAAAUUGCAAAAAUUAAACAAAAGCAGGAUGAAGACAGAGAUGCAGUGAAAUUGCAUUCUUUCAAAUGGAAGAAGGAAGUUGCUAGUUCAUCGUCAGACAAAAAAGAAAGGUUGAAGUCCUUGAGAUCUACAAAUUCUUCUGCAAAGGUAAAGUCACUAAGCAGUGGGAAUCAUGAAGCUCUGCAGCAUCCGACGACUGUACUUUUUAUCGAGGUUUACCAUAAAUCUCGAAAGAUGGUGAAGACUCAAGAGUUUUUGGCCCAUGGACGGCAAACGUUAGCAGAACUGAAGGACAAACUUUAUUGCUUGACGGAUAAGUUAAUGGUAAAGGCUGGGCAGCAAGAUUCAUCUGGAUAUUUCCUCAUAGAAGAUGUAUUCUGUAAUGAUUUGAGGGAUCCUUCUGCGGUUGAUUAUAGCAAACCCGUAUUUGAUUGGCUUAGAAACUCGGAGGAUGAAGCUCGUAAGAAAUGGGAAUGCAUCAUAAUGGGUGAAUCGCAACAGAAGAAUACAGUUGCUGGGGAAGUAUCAGUUUCUCAUGUGCCUCAUUUUAGAUCAGUCAGCAUGAACAAGAUACGAUUUUGUGAUCUGAAGUUUAGGCUCGGUGCCGGGUAUCUGUACUGUCAUCAGGGAAAUUGCAAGCAUACCAUAGUGAUCAGAGAUAUGAGGUUGAUCCAUCCUGAGGAUGUACACGAUCGAGCUGCUUAUCCAAUCCUUACGUUUCAACUAAGGACCCGAGUCCAGAAAUGCGAUGCGUGCAACAUAUACCGGGCUAAAAAGGUCACCCUCGACGAUAAGUGGGCGCAGGAGAACCCGUGCUACUUCUGUGAAGACUGCUAUUUCCUUCUUCACUACUCGAAAGAAGGUAACCUCCUCUACAACGAUUUCGUCGUGUACGACUACUUGCAUGAUUAGUUCUUACAAUGCUUCUAGUUGAUGCCCAAUUCACAAGUCAGAUGCCUUGGAUAUUUUAUAUAUAUAUAUAUAUAUAUAUAAUGUAUAUGCUCAGUUUUGAUGAUGUUGAGUUCAUUCCCAAAGUAGCCAAAUUCCAGUCAUUUUUGUUGGCGCCAGAAAUAGAGGCCGAAAGUGAAUUUGUAAUGGGGACUUUUAAUAUAGUUUUUAUUUGGUUAAAAAAUAAUUUUGUUCUCUAUACUUCAAUGAAAGUAGUGAUUUAAUCUGCA